AUGUCGACAAACGACCCCUUCGCUUUUCUGGAAACCGAACCAAAACCGGUCGUGAAGAAGCAACAUUGGAAGCAGAAAUUAUUCUCGAGGGACAAGACGAAUCGGUCAACGGCUGAUCAGCAGGUGGAAGCCUUCCUGGCCCCGAUCCGUUCGAAAUCUGUCUCGCACGCCGUACAUCCCGCGAAUGCGACUGGUCGAGGUUCCCAGAAACCCCGUUUAGACAUCUCGCAUCGUUGGCCUUCCGCGCAGGACCUGUCCAAUGCGUCCCCGAUCCUGAAUCCCUCCUCCGCAACUGAGAUCUAUCCUCCUUCCACGUUUCCAUCGCCGCCACGGAAGGCCCGUGCUCGCAAGGGCUUGAGGGUGAGGUUCUCGGAUAAAGGACCAGAGGUGAUCGGGGAAGGGGGCGACGAGUCGGAAGCCCCCACCGCCGAGAUCUCGUUGAAUCGAGGCCGUCGGAGCGAUACCCAGUCCAAGACGCCGCAAUUGCGAGUCGAUACGUCGGUUGGAGCGAUGGAUCGCGCUCCCUAUGUGAACGCACCCAAGCGACAAGACACCAAUGCAGGUUCGGACGCAAACAGCUGGAAACCAUUGCUUAUCAAAAGCCCUCAGGAUGAGGAAUUCCUCAUGACGCUCAACCUUGGCGAGGCUGGCUCUCGCCUGUCCUUCCGAGCUUCACCCGACACCGACUCUUCUGCCCAGGUGGUCCGAGCAAAGAUGCAAGCGGAAGAAGGACGGGCCCUGCAGCAUGGCUACCACGAUGACCCUUCCUCCCCCGAAGAUAACGUGCAGCCCAGGAAGAAUCCCGCGGGAGUUGUUGUUCCAGAUAGUCCUGUGUCCCUCUACGAAACGCCACCAGUCUCUGAAACAGAUUCCGAAGCGCUAGGGGUACCUAUUCAAAAUCCGCCGAGCCUAGGGGGAGCUCACCGGGGGAAUGCAAGCCCCAUUGAGUCAAAUCUGCCCUCUGCGCUCCUCACCGGUACAGAAUCACGGACCCUAUCACCUGUCAAGCUGCAGCCUGGCUCGCGGGACCCAACCUCACAGGGUCAAGAUCGCCCUCCGAGCAGAGAUGGCCGUGAAGUCGCACGAACCGCACCGGCACUACCACCGAAAGCCUCUCUCCGUUCCAUCGCCAAUCAACUGGGCGAUACUGCCUUUACAGAUCUGAAGGCCUACGUAGCACAAUAUGCGACUCCCAUCCGCCGUUCCGCGGAACAGGUGAAGCCUGUGAUGGAGACCUCUCUUGCUGAAUGGAUGAGAGCCGCAGUAUGGUGGUUCCUACGGGGAAAGAAACGACUGGAAUCGUAUGCGCGAUCCCGACCGUCAAGCUCGGGAGAGCGGACCCUUCCGCGAAGCACGGUGGAAAACGUGAAGCAAGCCGUGCUGGAUCUCGGCAAAGCCCUAUGGAUCAACGAGAACAUUGUGCCGGGGCACAGUGAGCUCACUAGAUAUGGAGCCAUGGGCAUCGAUGCGCUGCUGGCAGUCGCAAGCACCACCGGUGAUACUCGUUUGGCGGAAUGUCUCUCCCUGCACCAGGCGACGAUGAGCCACUUGCGGUCGUUGGCCAUGUCGAUCAAGAGAAACAACAUCCUCGCUAUCAUAGCCUCUGAGGAGGGCGCGGCCGUGGCAGCAGACACGAGUGUGUGGGUUCGGUACCCAUUCUUUGCUCCUGACGUUUCGGCAGUGCUUUCCGGCGCAGCAACCAGAUCGGUAUUGGUGGAUACAUCUGAAAAGGGCACAAGUACUGCGCACAUGAUGCCGCUCGGGGAUACGAGCCGUCAUUUCAGCUAUGGAAGUAUGUUUGUCGAGGCUUGCAUCAGCUCGCGGGAAGAUGAUACCCAGGAGGAUUUCUCCAUUUCCUGUUCUUUGUCUAUCCUCCGUGAUCGUGCGGACUGGUAUGUCUUCGCGGCCAUCACGAGUCAAAGCGAAUUGGUCAAUGUCAUGAUCCAAUCGGAUCGGAAGAAGGGGCCGACUUGGGAUGAUGUUGAGUGGCAGGUGAGGUCCCAUUCCAUGCGCGUCAAACUGCCCCGCGGCUUCCAGCUGGAUGUCUCGUUUCAAGAGGACGAUUUCAAAAAUCUCUGGAACAUCGUCCAAUAUACUCUCAAGACCGAGGCCAGCCUAGCGCCGGGAGCCGGCGAGUCGGUGAUUUUUGAGAACACGCUCAAGAUGUUCCACUGUAUGGAUCCUGCGGCGCCCAAAUCGUUCCCUGCCGAGCCGGUCGAGCGGUGCCGUCUGCGGUUGUUCGAGCGAUCAGCGACGAUCACGGAGGGCACGGGCAGCAGGAGUGUCCAUCGGGGUUUCCGUUUAACCGUGCUCACCAGUCCCAAGGUGAAAACCUUGAGCAACGUGUGCCAUAUCCUGGGAUAUGGUACCCCGAUCAUUUUCGGCCUCCUUCGGGGAGAAGAUGGAUCGCCGGCUCUCAUGCUCAAAGUGAAAGAAGACGGUAGAACACGGUCGAUGUUGAUGACCUUUCAAGAAGCUCAGGAUCGAAACACCAUGCAUGCUCUGCUCCUGGGUAUGACCGCGAAGGAGGACGAACACAAGAUACCGGAUAUACCGUUGCGGGCCUAUACUAUAGAACAACCAGCGGAUAAGUUCAAUGGCCAACCGGCAAAGGCCCAUGUUCAAUUUCCCGCUGGCAAUGUGUCAGUCAUUCACGAUUCCGAUCCGCAGGCGGAACACGGAUAUGGCCCAACAAUCUUGUCUGACAACUUGCGAGCGUUCAUAGCCACCGAUUGGGGCUCCGUGACGGACCGCCUCAACUUGGGUCCUGGUGAACUUAAAAUAGGCUUGGACGUCAACAACCGAACCGGGCUUAGUCUAUACCGGCCGGUACAGCAGGAUAUGACCCUAUCCGUAGCGGAGAAUCUCGUGUCUCCCGAGUUGACGGACAAACUGACCAAUUUCAUGCAAAUCUCCAUGACCAAAGCCAUGGUUCGCCGCUUUGAUUUUGCAUCUCUCAAAGGCCUCCAUGCUUUCCAAGCCGCUGUGACUGGGUUCAAAGUGUUAUUCGAUGGUCUCGCUUCGUCGUUUAUGAUUUCAAGGCGCCGGAUGGUGGUCCCUAUAUAUAAGAAAUGGGAAUGUACGCUGGCUCGUAUCCAGGUCGUCCAGCAGGAGAAGGUGAUACAGCUGGUUGCUUUCUUAGCCGAUUUCAGCCAUGGAAAGUGCAUGAACUUCGUUCUCAAGGGGACAGAUGUUCUUGAGAACUUUAGCCGCUCUGGCAAGUUCUGCAUCCGACUUGUCGACGCCAAAUUCGCGCUCCCGAAAACGGAGGACGACCCUGCCUCGGAUUUCGUCUGUCUAGAUAUGCCGGAGUAUCCUAUUGAGCAUGACGAUAUUGCGAUUGCCUUUGACUCUGAAGCCGAUCGAUCGGCUUUCCAGGCCGCGGUCCCUGGAACAGUUCGAGAAUCGUCCCGGAUGGGAUCUCUUCGGCGGUGA